UGUUGCCUGAUGGAACAGAGUAGAGAGGGCCUGUCUUUAAAAGCCCAGAUAGAGGAGCUCUGGCCCAUAAGGGUGCUUCCUGCCUGCUCGCCUGCAGGCUCCUGUCCUUCCUGUUGGCACCAUGCUCUGCAGAGCUCCAGUCCUCUGUGCUCUGUGUGUCCUGGCUGGGGCUUUGCCCUUGCCUGACCUAGAAUUCAUCGCUUACCUACCUGAAUUGGUCAGCAUUAUAAAUGAGGUCAAACUUGAUAUAGACACAACCAGGGGUGAAGAUUCAACAGCUGGUGUAUCACAGACACAUGGACCAGAGUCCACCGGAGACAUAUCAUGGGAGGACACACAGACUUUGAAGUCCGUCAUAGAUGAAGAUUCAACAGCUGGUGUAUCCCAGACCCACGGACCAGAGUUCACCAGAGGCAUAUCCCAGGAGGACACACAGACUUCAAAGCCCAUCAUAGAUGAGGAUUCAAUAGCUGGUGUAUCCCAAACCCAGGGACCAGAGUCUACCAGAGACAUAUCCCAGGAGGACACACAGAGUUUGAAGCCCAUCAUAGAUGAAGAUUCAACAGCUGGUGUGUCUCAGACCCAUGGACCAAAGUCCACCAGAGACAUAUUCCAGGAGGACACACAGACUUUGAUAGAGACCAGCACUGCCAGAGGGCCCAGGUUGUCCACUGCAAAGCACGAUGAAAAAGAAACAAAGUCUGCAGCAGCCGAGGCUACCCAUCUGUCAUCCUCCACUUCUGAGAAGACUCAAAUGUUUACAGAAACUUAUCACAUACUGUGAGAGAAUGCAUAACUGUAGAAAAGUAGUAAAAAAUUAGACGUACUCAGCUGAGGAGAAACAUCAAGGGAUUGAUCUUGGAUGAGUGUUGUAUGUUGUAGAUGCAUAAGAGAUGCAUUAGCUCCAUCCCAUUUAAAAUGGGCUUAAUAAAUCUCCA